UUUCAGAUUGAUUCAGAGAAUGGCUAUGAAGAAGCAAGCAUCUCUACUUUCAUUUUUUACCAGAAGUCCAAAUCCGAAAAGUGCAUUGCAAGAGGAACCCAUCGCAAAUAAAACGACCAAAAUAGUGAGGCGUACCACCCCUUCCAAGAUUUCAAGAAUGCAAAAGAAUGGUAAUGUGGAAAGUGAUAUCCGAAUGGAAGAUGACACUAAAAACUUGCAUACGAAGCGACCACCAGAUGAAGAGCUAUCAUCAUUAAAAAAGUCAUGCACGAAACGUCGCCGCGUGGUGGUUUCAUCAGAUUCAGAAGAUAAUGAUGUUGAAAUGGUAAACUUGAACAAAAGUGAGGAAAACAUGCAGCAAAGUCCACGAUAUAGAUCACUGAAGAGCGGUUUGCUGUCCCAUUUGAAUUCACCUCGUCGUGAAAAUAUUUCUUCGCAGACUUCAUCAGUAUACGAGUCCACAUCUUCAAAGCCUGUUGUGAGUGAGAUGACCAUAUCGUUUAUCAAUUCAUUCCGCGCUUCAGAACAAGAUUCAUCUGUGUCGUCAUCAAAACUAGGUUGUUCAACUGAUGGCGAUGUAUUGGAUGAAAGCGCAUCUACUGCAUGUUUGACUACUGUGCCCGAUAUUGAAUCUGUGCGGUUUCCUCAUUUAGACUUCGAAUUUUUACAACCAGACCGCAUUCGCGAUGCAGAUAAACGUUUACGUAGUCAUCCAGAUUAUUGUCCGCGUACUUUAUAUGUACCGGAUGCAUUCAUGAAAAAGCAAACGCCUGGACAUCGACAGUGGUGGGCAGCUAAAUCGGCGUACUUUGAUACAAUAUUGUUUUUUAAAGUUGGAAAGUUUUAUGAAAUGUAUCAUAUGGAUGCUGUUAUUGGCGUCGAAAAUUUAAAUCUCAAUUACAUGAGGGGUAGUUUUGCGCAUUGUGGAUUUCCAGAAGUAGCUUACGGUCGUUUUGCCGAUCAACUGGUUAAUCGAGGAUAUAAAGUUGCCCGCGUCGAACAAACCGAAACACCAACGCAAUUGGAAAGCCGAAAUAAAAUCGAAAAAGCUAAUGACAAAGUUGUGAGGAGGGAAGUGUGCAAUAUUACUACUCCAGGUACUCGAACAUAUGGAGUACUUGAUGGAAAUGAUGAACAAAGCACUGUGGAUGUGAUGGACACAACAGCACGUUACUUGUACGCUGUAGCAGAAAGGGGUACAGAAAGUGUACAAUAUGGCGUCUGUUUUAUCGAUACAACCGUCGGUCGAUUUUACAUUGGCUGCCUCUCAGACGGCAGUAAUCGUUCUGCUCUAAGGACAUUAUUCUCUCAUUAUCAACCAGCUCAGAUUUUAUAUGAGCGGGGACGAGUUUCGGCGUCAACAAUGACUGUAUAUAAUAGUACCGUGAGUGCGGUGCCGAAGGAAGCGCUAUUUCCGAAGAAAGAAUUUUUAACAUCCGAAGACACUUUGAAAUUGCUGGCAGACGAUAAAUAUUUUGGCAAAUUAUACGAUAAAUGGCCUGUAGUCUUACUCGACAUGAUUGAUAGAGACAGCCUUAUUCCAAAGUGUAAUCCUGCGUAUGAUGCUUGUGUUUCAGCUUUGGGAGCUAUCAUUUGGUAUUUAAGAAGAUGCUUUGUUGAUGUUGAUAUGAUUUCAAUGCGAAGAUUUGAGCUGUAUAAACCUAUGAAUCUUACGGGACCUCUUUCCCAUGAUAAGGAUGAAAUAGAAGUUGGUGUACACUACUGGCGCGGACGCCGUCUUAUUCUGGAUAGCCUUACUUUGAAACAUCUAAAUAUCAUACCGCCUAUUGGUUCUAUGAAGAAAUUUGCACCGCGUGACCCAAUCACCACAAAAUAUACGCUUUAUAAUGUUAUUAAUAAAUGUGCUACUCCCGCAGGUAAACGUCUUCUUCGACAGUGGGUUUGCGCUCCUGUUUGCGAUCAGGAGAUCUUAUCUUCACGGCAGGAUGCAAUAGAAUGGCUUUCCGAAGCGAGGUUGAAGGGAUUUAUUGAUAAAGCCAGGGAACGCUUAUGCAAAGUACCUGACCUGGAACGCUUAGUUCAAAAAAUACAUACAUUAGGAUUGAAAUACCGUGCGGAAGAACACCCUGACAGCCGAGCGCAGAUGUUUGAAACUAUGCGUUAUAAUAAACGAAAAAUUCGAGAUUUGGUCCGGGCUUUGGAAGGUUUCGAACAUAUUCAAGAUCUACGUCUAAAAUUUAUGGAAAAUUUUGGCGAGAGUCAAAAACCAGUCCCUGCAUUAUUGGAACGAUGCUUUGGAUAUCGAUUUCCCGAUAUCUCAAAUGAUCUUGAACAUUUUAAAAAUGCAUUCAAUCGUGAUAAAGCACAAGAAGAAGGUAUUAUUGUGCCAGAAAAAGGUGUAAUUAAGGAAUACGAUGAUACGAUUUAUAACGUAAAGGAAUGCAUCCAUGAAUUGGAUUUGUAUUUGAAUGUCAUCAGGAGGCAACUACAUUGUUCAAACAUCAAUUUCUUUGGAAGCGGACGAUCCCGUUAUCAGCUCGAAAUACCAGAAGGGAUAGCUAUGAAUUUGAGCCAUGAAUUCGAACUUAAAUCCUCUCGAAAGGGCUACAAACGGAUGGUAACAGAUGAAUUGGUAAACUUGGUUAAAAAUCUGGAUGAAGCUGAAAAUCAACUUGAUAUUUUACGACGUGACCUUAUGCGACGCGUAUUCGCUGAUUUUGGCGACAGGUCUAUCAAAUGGACAAUGGUUGUUGAACGUAUGGCUGUAUUCGAUGUGCUUCUUUCUUUAACUCUUUAUGGUCAGGAUUGUGGUCUAAAUAUGUGUCGUCCGCAGUUUAUUUACGAUAGUAAGCUGCCAGUAUUAGAAAUCAAAUCCGGAUAUCAUCCGUCGCUUGCCGCGAUAGCUGCUUCAGGGAGCAGUUUCACAUACAUACCAAACAGUGUUUUACUGGGAGGAAAUCAACCAUCGACAAUUUUGCUGACAGGUCCAAAUAUGGGUGGAAAAUCAACACUAAUGCGUCAAGUUGGUGUGCUGGUUGUGCUUGCUCAAAUAGGCAGCUUUGUACCUGCGGAUGAAAUGAAAUUGUCACCAGUUGAUCGAAUCUUUACAAGGAUGGGUGCAGGUGAUCGAAUUACUGCAGGCCAAUCUACUUUCUAUGUUGAAUUAUAUGAAACGAAUUUGAUUUUGCGAAAUGCAACUAAACAUUCCCUUGUCAUAAUGGAUGAACUAGGUCGAGGGACAAGUACUUAUGAUGGCACCGCUAUUGCAUAUGCAGUGCUGCUGGAUAUGGCAACCAGGCUGAACUGUCGUACUUUUUUUUCUACCCAUUAUCACGGCUUAUGUAAAGCAGUUCAAAAUAUUAGCAGCAUCAAAGCAGCACAUAUGGCUUGCAUUGUUGAAAAUGAAAAUGCCGAAGAUCCAACGAUGGAAAAUGUUACGUUCCUGUAUACGCUAACAGAUGGAAUAUGUCCAAAAUCUUAUGGAUUCUUUGCUGCGAAAAUUUCGGGACUCAAGACAGAGGUUAUUCGAGCUGCAUUUGCUGCUUCACGACAUCUUGAUGAAGGAAAAACACGAAAGGGACGUAUGGCGGAAUUACGAAAACUUGCAUUGAAUGAGGAAUGUAGCACAGCACAACUUAGAGAAAUAAUUCAUUCAAUGUUGGUUUCAUCGUAAAAGUUUUUUAGAAGACGAGUGUUUUUUUCUAUCUGAAUUUUAGAAUCCUAUUCAUUUGUUUCUUUUGGUGUUUAUUGCUUUUUUGGUAUUUGUUGAAGCGGAAUGGCAAAUCAUUAACUGUCAAAUCAUCGCCACUUUUUUUCUUCGUUUUUUUUAACCAAUU